AUGAAUAGGCCGCGAUUUUUGUUACUCGUAUUACUCUACAUGAUUCAGGGAAUUCCCAUAGGCUUGGCAUUUGGUUCUGUACCCUUCUUACUCAAGUCUGCUGGCCUCUCGUACUCUCAAGUGGGUAUCUUCACUCUAGCUACAUAUCCCUAUUCAUUGAAACUACUUUGGUCACCGAUAGUGGAUUCUCUGUUUUCUAAGAAGAUGGGUCGUCGCCGAUCGUGGAUUCUUCCAAUUCAGGCUCUCUCUGGAGUUUGUUUACUCGUUAUGGGUCGCAGUAUCGACCAUUUAAUGGAUUCCGAUUCAUUGGCAAAUAAUUUGAUCAAGUUAACGUGCUGGUUCUUUCUACUUAUCUUUUUUUGUGCUACCCAGGAUAUUGCCGUUGAUGGUUGGGCUCUCACUAUUCUAUCUAGAGGUGCACUAAGCUAUGCUUCCACUGCUCAAACUGUGGGUAUAAACCUGGGUUAUUUCCUCAGUUUCUCCAUCUUUCUAGCCUUCAACUCACCCGAUUUUGUGAAUGAGUACAUUCGGUCGACACCAAAUGAUAAUGGAGUGAUUUCAUUGGGUCAAUAUAUGACCCUUGCUGGUGUCUUCUACUUGAUAAUUACUAUUAUUAUUGCUUUGUUUGUACCUGAAGACCCUCCUUUUAUUAAGAAUGCUGCCUCUGCUGCUUCUUCAAGUGCCAUAGAGUUGAAUAAUAUGGGUGAUGGAAAUUCAGAUUCCCCAGAUUCCUCUCAGUAUAACUCUUCUGCUGCCGUUGUGGACUCGCCGGUGGAGGUCUAUCAUCGAAUGCUCAGCGUGGUAAAGCUAUCCAACGUUAAAACAUUCAUCCUACUGCUUUUGGUCUGUAAAAUAGCUUUCCAGGCCAACGAAGGUGCCACAGACUUAAAGCUUCUUGAUAAGGGUUUUGCCAGAGAGGAUCUUGCCAUUACUGUCUUGAUAGAUUUUCCCUUUGAGCUUAUCUUUGGAUAUUACGUGGCGCGGUGGUCGUCUGGAUCUCGUCCCUUACAACCGUGGCUUUUUGGUUACUUGGGAAGAAUCGUGGCUGCUAUAUUUGGUCAGGUGCUUGUCUGGUACUUCCCUGAAUCCGGUAAGAUUGGCUCAUUCUAUUUUAUAUGCGUCAUUUGCCAGCAUCUCCUCAGCUCAUUCAUGUCUACCAUCCAGUUUGUCUCGCUCAGUGCUUUCCACACAAUAAUUGCUGAUCCAGCAAUUGGAGGUACCUAUAUGACAACCCUCAAUACGUUGAGUAACUUGGGAGGACAAUGGCCUAAGACUAUAGUUCUCUUCCUUAUUGACAAAUUUUCCGAAGCCAGAUGUGUGCCAGAGAAACCAGAAGGACAAUUGAAUCCUUUUGCGACUGAUGACUUCUAUAACUGUUAUUCAGCAGAUAUGAAAAAAAAAUGCUUGGCCAGUGGAGGCCUUUGUAAAAUGGAAAAGGACGGUUAUUACAUUACGAACUUUCUUUGCAUAGCAAUUGGAAUUAUAUUGUACUAUGGCUGGAUCAGACGGACAGCAAUAAGAUUGGAGGGUCUGCCUGUUGGAGCUUGGCGAACGAAGAAAGGGGUGCUACCAUUAUAA